UAGCCCCUUCUGAUCGUCUCUAUAUUGUGUAUUCGAACAGAGGAAAAUAAAAGCCCCUCCUUUCGCCCAUUCCCACUCUGUCUCCUCCAAGGGUAGCUAAGGUUUCUCCUCAACCCCCUCGCUCCUAGGGUUUUGUCGCGAUCUCCUCUCUCUCGCUCUCGCUCUCUCGGGGGAGCUCGGAGCCAUGUCGCUGCGGCCGAGCGCGAGGGCGGAGGUUCGCCGCAACAAGUACAAAGUGGCGGUGGACGCGGAGGAGGGGCGGCGGCGGCGCGAGGACAACAUGGUGGAGAUCCGGAAGAAUCGGAGGGAGGAGAACCUCCAGAAGAAGCGCCGCGAGGGCAUGCAGGCCCAGGCCCUUCCCGCCUCCGUCCCCGCCUCCGCCGUCGAGAAAAAGCUGGAAAGCUUGCCGGCAAUGGUGGCGGGGGUUUAUUCUGAUGAUAGCAAUUUGCAGCUUGAAGCGACUACGCAAUUUCGAAAGUUACUCUCAAUUGAGCGGAGCCCUCCGAUCGAGGAAGUUAUCCAAUCCGGUGUUGUUCCUCGCUUUGUGCAGUUCCUUACAAGGGAGGACUUCCCCCAACUUCAGUUUGAAGCUGCGUGGGCUCUUACUAAUAUUGCAUCAGGAACUUCAGAAAACACAAAAGUUGUAAUAGAUCAUGGUGCUGUGCCUAUAUUUGUAAAGCUUCUUGGUUCUCCCAGUGAUGAUGUCCGCGAGCAGGCCGUGUGGGCAUUGGGUAAUGUUGCCGGCGAUUCCCCUAGAUGCCGUGACCUUGUCCUCACCAAUGGUGCAUUGAUGCCUCUGUUGGCGCAGUUGAAUGAGCAUGCUAAGCUCUCUAUGCUGAGAAAUGCCACAUGGACUCUAUCUAACUUUUGCAGGGGAAAGCCUCAACCAUCUUUCGAGCAGACAAAACCUGCUCUUCCAGCUCUUGCGCAACUGAUUCAUUCUAACGACGAGGAGGUUCUCACCGAUGCCUGCUGGGCACUCUCAUAUCUGUCUGAUGGUACUAAUGAUAAAAUCCAAGCUGUUAUCGAAGCAGGCGUCUGUCCCCGACUUGUUGAACUUCUUCUGCAUCCUUCACCUUCAGUGCUUAUACCUGCUCUUCGGACUGUAGGGAACAUUGUAACUGGAGAUGAUGUGCAAACACAAUGCGUCAUCGAUCAUCAAGCUCUCCCUUGCCUUCUGAACCUUUUGGCCCAAAAUCAUAAGAAGAGCAUUAAGAAGGAAGCUUGCUGGACCAUUUCAAAUAUUACAGCUGGGAACAAGGACCAGAUACAGGCUGUAAUUGCUGCUGGUAUUAUUGGUCCUUUAGUACAUUUGCUUCAGACUGCAGAGUUUGACAUUAAGAAGGAGGCUGCAUGGGCUAUCUCAAAUGCUACUUCAGGCGGUACCCAUGAUCAAAUAAAAUAUCUGGUAAGCCAGGGUUGCAUCAAACCCUUGUGCGAUCUUCUUGUUUGUCCUGAUCCGAGAAUCGUGACUGUCUGUUUAGAAGGACUGGAGAACAUUUUAAAGGUUGGUGAAGCUGAGAAGAACUUGGGUGCCACUGGCGGAGUAAACCUCUAUGCCCAGAUGAUUGACGAAGCUGAGGGCUUAGAGAAGAUUGAGAAUUUGCAGAGCCAUGACAAUACGGAAAUCUAUGAAAAGUCUGUGAAGAUUCUUGAAACGUAUUGGUUGGAGGAGGAGGAUGAGGCCAUGCCUCCCGGAGACACUUCUGAAACGAUGUUCGGUAGUACAGGCCAGCAGUUUAAUGUUCCUUCUGGUGGUUUCAACUUCAGCUAAAUGGCUUCUUUUAGCUGGAGGUUGCGAAGGAUGAUGAUUGUGCUGUGUUGAUAGGAGAAGCUUUGAGUUAGUUGGGCGCUCCUAUCUUGUUUGUUUUGGUUUCAGUUACCGCUGCAACAACUACUCGAGACGGUAGUGUUUCAACAAUUGGAGUUUGAACUUUUUUUUUCCCCCUUUCUUUUCUAUGAGUCCAAUGAUCUAAAAAUUAAAAGGAGCCACUUCUAGUUGAUUAAAUUCGGAACAGGGAAAGGCUUGUUUGUCUUAAGCUGUUAUUUGCUUGUUUUCCGGAGCACAGGUUAUUAUUAUCUAUUUGUAACAUCUAUAGGGUGGGAAAAAAAAACCUAUUUUGUGAGGUUUGCAGAAUUCAUUAUUGGACGAUUCUGUUUGGAGGGCCUUUUUAUAAGCUUCCUGGCUACAUUGUAUUUUUCAUUAUAUUGGUACUUUGUUUUUCCUGUUCAUUUUA